AUGAGCUUGCCGGAGCGUAUAAAGGACAAGGUUGAAAACGCGAUCCCAGACAAGAAGCCCAAGAAAGAAAAAGCGCCCAAGCAACCCAAACCGCCAAAGGAGGCAAAACCACCCACAGAGAAAUCGGCAAAAUCUGCAAAGCCCCCAAAGCCUGCAAAUGCUGCGCCAUCAGCACCGACCGACCCAGAUGCCAUGUUCAAAGAAGGCUGGCUGGCAGCGGUCCGAAAGGAACGACCAGCAGAUGAACCAGUAGUCACACGUUUCCCCCCCGAGCCGAAUGGCUAUCUCCAUAUCGGGCACAGCAAAGCCAUCGCGAUCAAUUUUGGAUUCGCCAGAUUCCACGGCGGGAAGUGUAAUUUGCGGUACGACGACACAAACCCCGAAGCGGAAGAAGAAAUCUACUUUACCGCCAUUGAGGAUAUCGUGCGCUGGCUGGGCUUCAGCCCCGCUUUGAUCACUUACUCCAGCGACUUCUUCGAUCGGUUGUACGAGUUGGCCGAAAAGCUUAUCACUCUGGACGGCGCGUAUGUGUGCCACUGUACCGACGAGGAGCUCAAAGAUCAGCGAGGCGGCACAGAUCCGAAGAACAAACAUGAAAGAUACGCUUGCCCCCAUCGCAGUCGACCCGUUGAAGAAUCGCUGGCCGAAUUUCGAGCCAUGAGAGAUGGCAAAUACAAACCGAAAGAAGCCUUUUUGCGGAUGAAACAGGAUCUUUCGGACGGCAAUCCUCAAAUGUGGGACCUGGUUGCCUACCGCGUCCUCGAGAAGCCACAUCAUCGGACGGGCGACAAAUGGAGAAUCUACCCAACCUACGACUUUACCCACUGUCUGUGCGACAGUUUCGAGGGCAUUACUCAUUCGCUGUGCACAACUGAAUUCAUCCUGUCUCGCGUAUCGUACGAGUGGCUCAACAACAAGGUCGAUGUUCCUCACAAGCCAAUGCAGAGAGAAUAUGGUCGCUUGAAUGUUACGGGCACUGUCUUAUCGAAACGAAAAAUCAAAAAGCUAGUGGACGAGAAGAUUGUCGCCGGCUGGGAUGAUCCCCGAUUGUACACUCUCGUCGCGUUGCGGAGAAGAGGCGUUCCGCCUGGUGCAAUCCUGUCAUUUGUGAGCGAGCUCGGGGUUACAACGGCUACUAUCAAUAUUCAAAUCGUCCGGUUCGAACAGUCAAUCCGCAAAUAUUUGGAAAUGACAGUGCCUCGUCUCAUGCUCGUACUCGAUCCCGUUCCUGUCAUCAUUGAUGACCUCCCUGACGAUCACUACGAGGAGUUGGAAAAUGCCUUUGGCCCGAAAGAUGUCGACAUGGGUUCUCACAAGCUACCCUUCACCAAGAAGGUCUAUAUCGAGCGUGAUGACUUCAGAGAGGUGGACAGCAAAGACUUCUUCCGCAUGGCACCCGGAAAACCAGUAGGUCUACUGAAGGUGCCUUAUCCCGUCAUUGCUACCAGCUUCAAGAAGGAUGAGACCACCGGUCUAGUUACCGAGAUACAUGCCAAGUACGACAAACCGGCUGAAGGCGAGAAAGCCAAGAAGCCUAAGGCUUACAUCCACUGGGUCGCUGAUGCUCCAGGGCACGGUUCACCUAUCAAGUGUGAAGUCCGCGUCUUCAACCCUCUUUUCAAAUCAGACAAUCCGGACGCGGUGGAGCCGAGUUUCAUGGCAGACUUACGAGAAGACAGUCUCAAAGUGUAUCCAAAUGCUAUGGCGGAAGUUGGAUUGAAAGAGAUCUGGGAUCGAGCCCCGUGGCCAGAAGAAGCUGGAGAAAAGAAGGAUAAAUGCGGGUUUGAAUCGGUCAGGUUCCAGGCAAUGCGAACAGGAUACUUCUGUAUGGACAAGGACACGGAUGAAGCUGCGGGGAAGAUUGUGCUCAACAGAAUCGUCAGUCUGAAGGAGGACGCUGGGAAGAGUGCAUGA